UUAAGUUUAGGUUGUAUGUAGUUAAUUUCUGUUGCAUUCCCAACGGAGACGUAUUAAAAAAAUCUUUUGACAAUGACAUUUAUCAAAUGACAGUGAGUGACAUUGACAUUGUCUUCCCCCAACCAACAAACCCGAUGCAGAUAGUUGGACGCAAAAUCGUAUUUUCAACUAAUUUAAUUGUCCAUUUACCUCAAUAAUGGCAUCUACAUCUAAAGAUAACGGUCAGGCUGGUCCUAGCAGUCAGAAUAACACUCCGGAUGACUUGGAACCGGGUGCGUGUCCAGAAAGUGUGUUGAACCCAUCUGAUUAUUUCGAAGAGUUUGCUUCAGAAAUAAGUUCCAGCAUCCAAGAAAGAAACACAUCGUUGAAAACUAAGAGCAGCACUAUAUCCGAAAUUCAGAGUGAAAUAAGUGAUGUAAAUAAUGAGAUCACAAGUACAAAAUCAAGUGAUGAUCUGCAAAGUAAAGAUGAAAAUAUGUCGGCUUCAGCGAGCAGUGGCAACUUAAGUGAACAAAAUGGUGAAGAGUCAGAUAAUGAAAAAGAUGACUAUCUACAAUCACCAGAAUUGGUGAACAAAGAGAAACAUGUUUUCAUAUUAAGUUCUGCAGGCAAACCAAUAUACUCCAGAUAUGGAAACGAAGACAAACUGGCAGGCCUUUGUGGGGUUAUUCAAGCACUAGUCAGCGUAGUAGAGGACCAGAAUCAAGAUAUUUUAAGAUCGAUCGUAACCAAAGACUGCAAAGCAGUAUUUUUAGUUAAAGGCCCUUUGAUACUUGUAGCGGUUUCCAAAUCUAACGAAAGUGAAACACAGCUGGUAUGGCAGUUGACGUACGCUUUCAAUCAAAUAGUUUCAGUACUCACUCUAACACAGCUUAAUAGGAUAUUUGAGCAGAGAAGGAACUAUGAUUUAAGGAGACUCCUGUCGGGAGCCGAAAGACUGAUAGAUAAUUUACUCAUAUUCAUGGAGAAAGAUCCUGCAUUUUUAUUGGGUGCAGUCAGAUGCCUACCUUUACCAGAGAAAGCGAGAGAGAACAUAACAAACGCAAUAACCACCACAUGCCACAAAAUCAGGGAUCUAGUGUUCGCUAUACUGAUAGCUGGAAACCAAUUGAUAACUCUAGUCCGUAUGAAGAAAUAUACGCUACAUCCUUCUGAUAUUCAUCUGUUGUUCAAUCUCGUUAGGAGUUCGGAAUCGUUUAAGACUGCUGAGAGUUGGACACCGAUUUGUUUGCCGAAGUUCGAUGCCACCGGCUUCCUCCACGGCCACGUUUCUUACAUAGCCGAAGAUUGCCAAGCAUGCUUACUCCUUCUAACAGUACAAAGGGACGCAUUCUUCCCCCUCUCCCAAGCAAAACACACAAUAGCAGAAAAACUAAGACGAUCCAACUGCUUAGUAGCCAUAAAUGACGCAUUAACCAGAAAUGUAGAACUACCCACAACAAAUCCACUGAAACACAUCGGAAUACCUGAAAUAAGACAUUUUAUGUACAAAUGCAAGUCGACAGCUCAGCUUUUCACCUCAGAUCCUAUAAGCUUAGACCGUUUACAAGAUUACAGGAUUAGGCAUAAAGAAGGAGGGGAUAUAGGCGAGAAGAAGAUUGAAAAGUUGUCUGAUAUAGACUACGUAAGGAACUAUAGGAAGUUUUGCAGUCAGAUCCAUUGUACUUCAUCGCCAGCGAAGUUAAUAUUCAGAUCUAAUUCGGAUAACACAGUUCUGGCGUGGGUAACAAACGGCUUUGAAUUAUACGUAACAUUCGACGCUUUAAUGGAAAAAGACCAAGCAAUAAAAGCCGUAGACCGCCUACUUAGGUGGAUUAAACGCGAGGAACAAAGGAUAUUCAUCAUGAACGCUCCAACAUUCUAGUUCACACUUACAGCUCUGAGUGGCUUCAUAAAGAACUCUAUAAAUCGCAAAUCUAGUGGUAACAGUGAUGAGUGAAGUGAUUUUAUUCUGGGAUGAAAUUGGGCCUGAUUCUAGAACGAUUAUCUAAACCUAAAUUUUGAGAAAAUUUAUGUGUAUAUACAGAGUGAAAUUGAAUGUUUCUAUGAAACUUCGUGAGAUUGAUGGGUUACAUGUAUAGAGUAUGCCUGAUUUUUUUCGGAUUUUUUAAAAUAUUUUUUUUCGUUUUUUAAUUUUUUAUUUGGUUAUUUUUUUGUCAUUUCUUCCUUAUGAGUAAUUAUUCAUUUUAAACACGUCUACAUAGAAGUUAUAAAGCAACUUAAAAUAAGCACUAAUAAAAAAACGGAAACUUAAUGAAUGCCUUCAUUAUGCCUACAGUCGAGAUCAGCGCCGGUCGGGGCGACGACCGGCGGCCGC